AUGAACCGAGCGCUCGUCAUGCCUGCCAAAGUGUCCCGCAAAGUUGCCACCAUGAUCAUCCGAAGCCGAAAGUCCAUCAUGAAGGACGGCUUCAUCACGUCCGGGUUCGGCGAGCCAAGCGUCUACCAUGCGGUAGUGGUCAUCUUCCUCGAGUUCUUUGCCUGGGGCCUGCUGACGACGCCCAUGAUCACGGUCCUAAACGAAACAUUCCCAAAUCACACCUUCCUUAUGAAUGGCCUCAUUAUGGGAAUCAAGGGCUUCCUCUCCUUCCUGAGCGCUCCCCUGGUGGGGGCCCUGUCAGACGUCUGGGGCCGCAAGUUCUUCCUGCUGGUCACCGUGUUCUUCACGUGCGCCCCAAUCCCGCUGAUGCGCAUCAACACCUGGUGGUAUUUCGCCAUGAUCUCCAUGUCGGGCGUGUUUGCGGUCACCUUCUCGGUGGUGUUUGCCUACGUGGCCGACGUGACGGACGAGCAGGACCGCAGCGCGGCGUACGGUCUCGUCUCGGCCACCUUUGCAGCCAGCCUUGUGACGAGUCCCGCGCUGGGCGCCUACCUGGCUCGACAGUACUCGGAUGCCCUCGUGGCCGCCCUGGCAUCGGCCAUCGCUCUCUUGGACGUGCUCUUCAUACUGGUUGCGGUGCCCGAGAGUCUGCCCGAGAAGCUCAGGCCUGUGGGCUCGUGGAGUUCGCCGAUCUCUUGGGAACAGGCCGACCCUUUCUCGGCACUGCGCAAGGUGGGCAAGGACCCGAUGAUCCUUAUGCUGUGCGUCACCGUCUUCCUGUCGUACCUGCCCGAGGCUGGCCAGUACUCCUGUUUCUUUGUCUACCUGCGCCUGCUGAUGGGAUUUUCGGCCGAGGAAGUUGCCCUGUUCAUCGCCGUCGUCGGCCUCCUCUCCGUCAUUGCGCAGACUAUGGUGCUGACGCUGCUGAUGAAGACGGUGGGCAGCAAGCACACGAUCAUGGUGGGACUGCUCUUUGAGAUGCUGCAGCUGGUGUGGUAUGGAUUCGGCUCGCAACGCUGGAUGAUGUGGUCGGCAGGUGGCCUAGCUGCCGUCGCGAGCAUCACUUACCCGGCCAUCAGUUCUUUCGUUUCGACGCACGCCGAGGCGGACAAGCAAGGCCUGGUGCAAGGCAUGAUCACAGGCAUGCGCGGCCUCUGCAACGGUCUGGGGCCAGCCGUGUUCGGCUUCAUCUUCUACCUCUUCCAUGUGGACCUGAACGAGGCACCGCCCAUGACCGCCCCACCCCUUUCUAAUGGAUCUGUGGUGCCCAAUGAGCUUAGGUUUAUUCCCGGACCACCGUUUGUUUUCGGUGCCCUGCUGGUGAUGCUGGCGUUGCUGGUGGCGGCGUUCAUCCCCGACAACACGGGACCCACUGCCGCGUCAAUGACUGCCUCAGCAGCCAGUGGCUCGUCAUCGCGCAGCGCAGGCAGCUCGCGGGCAACGCACCAGGCCGUUCGCGUUGGGGGCUUGGAGCUCUUUCACCACGACGUCAUUCACAAGCGCAGCAGCGACUGUGGGACGUUGCCGCUAAUGCACGACACAGACCCGUUAUAGUCGAUCACUGCCACUGCGAGGGCCAGAAAUGACGUUGCCGGACUGUGACCGGCAGGGGCUGCUGGUUGUGACGGUCACCGGCGCGGUUCGGGGACCAGUGUUUCAUCGCGCUUACGUUUGCAGAGUUACACUCGCGUCACUUGCACCCGUGGUGCCCGCGGUUCACCGUUUCGUUCGGGCACGACGCAUUGUGUCAAGUGUCGCAACUGCUCUGAGCAUUGCCGCUUGGUAUGCCUCCGGUGUAAAUGUCUCGUCAUGCUGCUUGACAGGUGGUGAAGAGCUGUUUGUAGUAACGAAGACCACAGUCUCCCCAGUCACUCUACCUGGCCGUGCAUGACGCCGCUGGGUUGAAUGAACACAGUGCCAGCUGUUGGAAAUGAAAAAAGAAAAUGUAUUUCAAGAUAUAUUUCGUCGCACGGCUAUACUAUUGGUACCACAACAGGCAUCACUGCCUCACGUCAUGCUGGCAUCAAAAUACUGCACCAAGGUGUAACGCGCAAGAAGAGUGAUAUAGUGAAUGCUUCAUUGCUGCAACGUUCGACAACUUCUGGUAAGAGCCGUAGCUCCACAUUCAAUCAAAGCAUAGUCUCCUGUUCCUUGGAGGGUCAGCUGCGUCGCGACCAUGGAAUGUUUGCUGCUCUUACGGACAAUAAGCUACCCACUGGACUGGCCGUCGUCAUCGGCAAUGCCAUCGCCUUGAACGGUUGCCUCGACCACUGAGCAUUUUUCUCUUUGUCAGAGUGGAUCACAUCUGGGUGUGUGUGUGUUUGCAGGACCAGAGUGCACUGCUCGUCCACUGCCAGACACCGGUGCCACAAAUUGAACAUUCUGUGCGUUGUAUCCACUGGGAAGAGGACGGUUCUUGUUGCCCUGUGUUGCACUAGUGUAAGAGGUCUCAUUUCGGUGAGCAAAUGAAAACUGGCCCAAUCACCGAAUUUUCAUACAGAAGCAUCAUCACCAGAUGCCUUAGCUGACCUCGUGUCUGUAGAAUGUCGUUUCUAAAUCUCCACUGGCAAUGUCAUCUUUUUUUUAAUAAGCUGCCUACUUUUUUUUCAGCUUUACCAUUGUUGGCUUGCAUUUUACAAGCUGUUUCUGACAAAAAUGUGGAAAGCUAGUGAUCGUGUCUAUAUGUCCGUACUGAUUAGCGCUGAGAACAAACUGGUAAUAAGACUCACCUUUGAAGGACGCGUGAGUUGUGUGUUGUUGGAUGUUUGGCAGAGGGUAUGAUUUCAACGGAAGGUGCAAUGUUUGCUGAGAGCACAAGCAGUAUUGUUGUCUUCUCACCAUUCUAUUUCUUCCGCAGAUCUUAUAGCAUAUAUUUACUUCCUCUCGCCUUCAUUGCCUGUCGCGUUAGCGAGCAACACUUGCAGGGUUCUCUCGUGGCAUUUCUACACUUUGCGUUUGCGUGCUAUCUUUUCCCAGGUAACGUGGACGGUCUCGGUUUCUUUUUGGGCUGUCUUUGAUACCUUAUUGGUACAAGAGCGAGUGAAUGGGCUGAGAAUAUGCCCCCUAUGUUUCUACAACUGUAAAGAGGCAUGUGUUGUUCUUGUAUCAACUGUAAUGUUUGUUGUUACUGAAGUGUUUGCCGGUAACUUUGUUUUUUCUUCACCAGAUGGCAUUGCUGUCUAGCUAAACAAGCUCCAAGUGUCAACUGCAUUUGCUAGUCAAGAGAGUUGCACCUCGGGAAUGCGAGAAAGUGUUUUCAUGUCAUUGCUUUCGAAAACUGCAAUUCGGAGUUUUUUUUUUUGUUUUUUAUUGUCAUACGGUUGUCACUGUUUUCUUUUCUCUCUACUUUUCUUCAGUGUCUACAUUGCGUGUCAUGUCGCAUUUAAGAAGGUGCCUCGCUUUUCCAGUGACGCAUGCUUGGCUGCGGCUAGUCUGUGAAGACUUGGUCAGGACCGGCAGUAGCCGUGCGUGAAGUCCCCCCCUUCCCGACAGUUCCUUGCCAUAUUUGUUUUCUGAUCCACUGCUUGGUGCCGUUCGUACAAAAUGUUUGGUGAAACCGCUGCCCGCAGUUUCGGUGGUCUGACCGUCGUCUGUGCAGGAAAUCUGUGUUUGCCACGCAUCGAGUCAUUUGCCAUGCUGGACUCAUAUAAAAAGCAUUUGCUGGGAUGGGCACCUUGCUUUCACAAGAUUUGUCGAGUGGCGGUGGCCGGCGGUUAGCCAAGAAAUUUGCCAUGCUGCACAUCGUCUUCGAAGCACCCACCGUACUGCACCGAUAGUUUGUGAGGCACCAAAGGUGCCCAGCACACAUUCUUCUUACGUUGUUUUUGUUGUCGGAAUAUGCAGGGCACUGCUGCUUCUGCGGACUUCAGCGAUUCCGCUGCAGCAAAACCUGACCUGUUCUUUCACGGCUCAGGAGCAUUUGUUACAGUUGUAAUUUUUUUUUUACUGUACUGUAGCUUGUGUCGCACCGAAACAACAGACUGUGUGCCGUGUAUGUUAUGCUCGAUUCUGCUUUGAGAGCUGCGUCUCAUCGGUGACUGGAAGUGAAACCAAAGACAUGAAGAAGGCAAUUCGGGGUUUCGAGUGCUGUUGUGCUUUAUUGUCGUCCUGAAUUGUGCACGCUGUAGAGGUGUGGUGACUUUUCAAGCUUUUUUUUUUUUUUGUUCUGAUCUGUUAAACAGGCACUUGUCACUUGGGCGAUUUAAAAGAUUAUGGCAUGGCUGUAUGCACAGGAUGUACAGGACUGUAGUAAAAUAAAUUUCCAAUGGAAAUAAACACAAUUGUGGUG